CCUCCUUAUAUCAGAUGUCCCUAUCAGAUUCCCCCUUUAAAUCAGGAGUCCUCAUCAGAGUCCCCCUUUAAAUUGUACUCCCAUCAGCUUGCCCCCUUACAUCAAGUGUCCCCAUCAGAGUGCCUUCAUCAGAGUUCCCGUUACAUCAACUGCCCCCAACAGAGUGCCACCUUACAUCAGGGUCCCUUUCAGAGUGUACCCUUACAUCAGAGUGCCCCUUUACAUGAGGUUUCCCCAUCAGAGUGCCCCUUUACAUCAGGUGUCCCCAUCAGAGUGCCACCUUACAUCAGGUGUUCCAUCAGAGUGCAGCCUUACAUCAAUUGUCCCCAACAGAGUUCCCCCUUACAU